GUUGUUGAAUAAUUAUUUGGAGGUAUGUUUAUAUUUCCCUAAUGAGUUAAGUUUCUCUUUCAAAAAUAUCUUACUGAAAACCAUCUUCAACUGAAAAGUGAUAUUUAUACCAAAAACGAUAUGUAUACUCGAAAAGGGAUAUGGCAACUGAAACUUUGCUGGUUUGUCUCAUUUGAAAGAAUGCUUAAAAUUAUAUAUAAAUUCUUUGACUGAUUUUUCGUAUAAACUUGGAACAUUUUGAUUGAAAACACUAUCCGCCAUCUUGGAUUAGUCAGUUUUAGUGACGGCAAGCAAGGUUAUCCGUAUCAUGGAUUGUAAAAUAACUGGAUAGGAAACUUCCUGACGUCACAGUCUAAACCUAGUUGCAAUCUGUGACGUCAUGUGUAUUGCGAAAAUUUUCAACAUUUUUGUUGUUUCGCUAUAUUUUCCGCUUCAAAAGAGUAAUAUUGAAGCAUAAACUGGUCUAAUUGUUUUAAAAACAUGCCUAAGCCACGACAAAGUAUUCAAGGUAAGUGUUUUUCGUCUUUGUUUUGUAUUUUUUAACAUUUGUAGCUACGAAAUUGGCGUCGCCAAUUUUUACGAAAUUUGCGAUGCAUUUUUCAGUGUUUAGUGCUUGAAAUAUUUGCUAAAAUUGACCGGGAAUACUUAGAGAUUUCAUCGUAGAAUGGCUUAGUCAUGUUUAUUUGCUCUUUAACUAAAAUGUUUAGCUGUAUUAUCGCUAAACAUGCCGUUUUUGAGAAUUUGGUUUGCAACUAGGUUGCAACGCCAUCAUCCCAUUGAAAACAUUAGGUCACGUCAGCUAGUUUCCUAUCCAUGUAUUUUAUUAUCCAUGUCCGUAUAAAGCGGCUUCAAGAUGACCACAUGCAUAACAAUUGGUAAAUGUUUAUAAUGUUGUCCGUUUAUAAUAUUUGAAAUAAUGACCGAAGUAUGAUGUUGGGCUCAUAGACUAGUGGGACUAUAUAUCUCUUGCAUAUUCACAAUAAUCAAUAAUCCAAAUUGUGAUGGUUUUGACAUUUUGUUCAAAAUAUUUCAAGAACUAAGCAAUAUUUCAAAAAGCUCUAAAAGGUUCUUCAAAUAGAAUAAACUGAUUUUAUGUUGCCAUAUCUCUUUCACAUAUUUAUACCAAAUAUUAUAUGUACUCUUAAAAUCAUUUUCUAGGAUCAAAGUUUGGAUUUUCAACAGGAAAAACUGGGAAAUGCCCACAGUUCACAACCAAUGCUCGGUAAGAUUCAUAUAUCUUCCUUGGCUUUCCCUGUAACCAUAAGUAUAGGCUUUAAAUAUUUAAACAGGCCUCUGGUAUUGAAAAUGAGAAUGUUAAUAUGGAAUUUUGGAAAUAGUCUCAUUGGUCUUCGUUUGCUUUGCAGAUGAAAUGUCAAGGAGAAUAUUAUUACCUCGUCGUUUUCCAGUCAAACGUUGGAAGGAAGCUCAGGAGUUUCUACAGUGUCCUAAGAGAUAACAUAUGCUGAAGAACGAUAUUUUAUAAAACGAUUUUUGUAUAGUUAUUUAACUGAAUUGAUAUCUGUAUAUAAUACUCGUUUUCUUUCAGCGUUACAUUGUGUUUUUAAGAAGAUUAGAUUAUCUAUCAUAGUUUGUGAACAGGUUCCCUGGAAUUAUGGCGUACUGAAAUGGGUUGGGUUUGUGCCAUGUUCGGCUCUUUAGAACCUGAUUAUA